AGCUGGAGAAUAAUAACAAUCGGGCCGUGGACCAAGCGCGCGGCUCCUCGCGCACCGCGACGAUCGCGCGUGCGAGACGGAGAAACGAUCGCGCGUCCGCCGUUGCUUGCAUUGCGUUUCGCUCUUUUCCGCGUUAGCUCGUGGCCGCGCGACGCAUACGCGCGUUUUACGCUCGUCUGCUACGCUUAACGUGAUGCCGCGAAAUAUGGCGACCCGACGGCCCGGAGAGAGAGAGACCGAGAUCGCGCGCAUUCGUGUCCGCUCCGGACGGUCGACACGAGAGCUCGCGAGGUAGUCGGGCUAUGGAAAGUAUGGUCGAGGAAAAUGGAUCAACCGUCGAUCCGUUGUCUGUGCAGGGCUCCCAGAGCGACGCAGCACCAGCAAUCGCAACCUCGGUACAAUCUAUCGAUAGAACGCAUCAGCAGCAAACUCAUCAUCUGGUAGCUUCUACCAGCAUUGUGCAACUGACGCUACCCUCGUCAGGAACAACACAGGUGCAAUCGGUCAUACAACCCAAUCAACAGUCCGUGAUACAGACCGCCACAAACAUACAACCCGUCGCAAUCUCCAAAGGAAACGUUAUUCUGGUUAGCAAACCCAACUCCGUUAUACAAACUGCACAAGGCAGUUUACAGACGCUUCAAGUGGUGGAAACUGGUAGUGACGAUAGUUUCUCAGACGAGGAUUCACCCAAGAAGAGGAAUAUUCUAACCAGACGGCCGUCUUACAGAAAAAUUCUCAACGAUUUAGGCGGAGGAGAAAUUACAGACGGUCGUUUGCCCCCCUUAGAAUCAUCCUCUGAGUGUGAUUCUAACGUGGACAGUGAAGUGUCUUCCCAUUCUCUCCAUUAUCAAACAGUAAUUCCUGCCGGUACUAUUCAAAUUGCAACCCAAGGGGAGGGAGUUCCGGGGCUUCACACGUUAACUAUGAGCAAUGCGGCGACAGCGGGUGGAGCUAUAGUGCAGUAUGCACAGGGCCAGGACACUCAAUUUUUUGUCCCAGCCUAUACAGGUCACGGAGUAGUAGUGGAGGAUGCGGCACGAAAGAGAGAGUUAAGGUUGCUUAAGAACAGAGAGGCGGCACGUGAAUGUAGAAGAAAGAAGAAAGAAUAUAUAAAGUGCUUAGAAAAUCGUGUUGCGGUGCUGGAGAAUAGAAAUCAGACGCUAAUCGACGAACUAAAAUCGUUAAAAGAAUUAUAUCAGCAGAAAACCGACUGAGAUUGGUGUUUAAAACCUGCGCGACAGUGUAUCAAAACUAUUAUCCAGUCGAUGAACCUGUACAUGUCUUGUUUGUGUACAUUAUCCUAAAUGUUGCUAGGGGUAAGCGAUGGUGAUGUACAUGCAUUCUUAUAGAUAUUUCUCUGUAACAUACUGUAUUUAAGUACGAAUACGAAGGCUUGUGAAACUUGCUGUUACUAAAGCGGGAAGCCAAAGUUAUAUGAGACAUGGAGGCAGCAAACACGUAGGCAAUAUUUCGUAUAUCAGUCUCUAUUUUGGAUAAACACAGCGUGUGGUUCACUUAGAAUCUGCGUACUCGAAAUUUCAACCUUAUAGACUGGAACGGUUAGAUCGCAUUAAUAACAUAACUGGCAAAUAAUAUUCGUGUUUGUUUAGCAUCACUGUCUACCGACCGUUUGUACUAGAUG